UGUUCUCUCUAAAGCCAUAACAAUGUCGAACUCUUCAAACUCCGAUCCCAAUUUCGACAUCCCAUUUGCUUCCUCCGAUGUACCUCUUCCGAGUUACAAUCAAAAACCAAGAAGAAAACGUACUAAACUCACCAACAACGAACCUGGUUCUUCUUCUUCUCCUACUCCAAGGCCUAAUCCAGUCAAGAAACCGCUGGACUCUGACGCUCCUCCACAAAUCACACGGCCAUGCACUGAAUGUGGUAAACAAUUCGGGUCAUUGAAGGCACUCUUUGGACACAUGAGAUGUCACCCUGAACGUCAGUGGCGUGGCAUUAUACCUCCUCCAGAUCACAAACGUGGGACUAACGCAACCGCCGCGUCAUCAUCCUCCAAUUUGAAUGUUGUUUUAAAUAAAUCCGAGGAGGAAGAUCAUAACAUAGCCUCUUGCUUACUAUUGUUGGCUAAACGUCCUGUUGUCUUGAGCAGUUCAAGUGGAGUUGAGGGACGGUUCGAGUGUGGAGGUUGUAAAAAAGUGUUUGGGUCACAUCAAGCGUUGGGCGGACAUAGAGCAACACAUAAAGAUGUGAAAGGAUGUUUCGCCGCUUCAAACUCAACCGAAGAUCCUUCUCCUCCUCAGGAGAUCGUUGGUCAAGACAAAGGCAAGAGUGUGAAGUUGGUCUCUGGAAUGAAUCAUCGAUGUCACAUCUGUUUAAGAGUGUUCUCGAGUGGUCAAGCGUUAGGUGGUCACAUGAGAUGUCAUUGGGAGAAAGAUCAGGAAGAGCACCAAGUCAGGGCUAUCGAUCUUAAUGUUCCUGCGGCGACAUCUCCUCCUGACACAUCGAUAGGCUGUUCUUUAGAUCUUAGGUUAGGACUUUGAUAUAUAAUAACAUAACUUAUAUAUUUGGUUUUGGU